AGAUGGGCACGGAUGUUAGCUCCGCCAAUCUUCCUCAGCAAAAACAAAAAAAAACUGUGGGUGGGCUUUGGCGGGGCAGGACUCUGGGGGCUGUGUUGGCUCAGGCCACCUCCGCGAGGGAUGUUUUGGGGUUCACUCGAGCUCAGCACACUUGGGAUCCUUGAUCCUCCUUAGGGUUAUGCCAAGGGGCCCUCUGGGGCUCAGUAUUCCCCUCAGUGAAAUGGGAGGGGACUGGUAAUUGGAAAUUGGAAGGCCCCUCCAGGCCGUCCUUGAGGUCCCCAGGCCCAGGUCAGGGGCGGCCUCCCCUGAGACUGUGCUUGGGGGCACCUGAGGGAGGCGCACAACUUCGCGGCCCAGGAGGGAGGAAUGGAGAAGUGGGGAGGGGCGACAUCUUGCCACAGCCUCUUUUGAGGCCGGAGGGUGAGCGACCCUGCACCCCCACAUCCGGGCCAGGCAGCCGCGAUGGCCGUGCGCUUGGGCGCUGACCCAGAGGGGCCUGAGUUCAGAUACCUCAAGACCUGCAGGUGGGCCAGCCCGAGUGUCGCUCCGGUCCUCUUGCUUCUCCCCACCCAGUGGGCAAGUGACCCGCGGGCAGGGCCUGGCAGCAGUCCCUCUGGCCCCACUGCUUCCCGGCAUUUGCAAAAAGUGGAGACUCUGAGCCCCCCAGCCGCCCCCAGGGCUGUUGUGAUUCAUGGACCAUUGGGCCCGGAACACAGAGGAGCUCGCAAAAGGUAUUACAUUGUAUUAAAAUGACUUGUUUAUCUCUCUGGCGAUACCCCAUACCCCGGGGCCAGAACCCCGGGCAGCCAGACAUCUUGGGGCCACUAGGAAUCCUUCCUCCGCCUCCCACGAGAGUGGUGCCGUCUGGCCUCAGUCUCCCAAAGUGACAAAUGGGAGUGAUCUGCACUUUCCAGGGGCUGUUUGGAGGGCUACCCCAGUAACUGAAGAAGCAGCCCAGCCGCCAGGACCGCUGCAUCUUUGUAGCAAAGGCAACAUCACUGUCUUCUGUUCUCAUUACCCAUAUCUGCCUCCUGCCUUUUCCGGGUCUUGCAGAGUUGGUACCUAAUAACCGCUGACUUAAUGAGCCCAUAGGUCCCUCCCUCCCUCCGUCCCCUCUCCUCCCUCUCCCCGUCUGGUUCCCUACACCCCACCCCCUACUCCGGGUCCCCCAGAAAGUCGCCAAGGGUUUGGGGGAACAUUCAACCUGUCGGUGAGUUUGGACAGCUCAGGCAAACCAUCGACCGUUGAGUGGACCUCGAGGCCUGGAACUGCCGUCCACCCAGCGCGCUCCCCGCCUUCCAGAUCGGGGGCGGCCAGGGGAUCCCGAGCACAUCCCUUAGGCCACAGUGAAGGUCACAAUCAACAUUCAUUGUUGUCGGUGGGUUGUGAGAGCGAAGGUCACAAUCAACAUUCAUUGUUGUCGGUGGGUUGUGAGGACGGAGGCCAGACCCACCGGGGGAUGAAUGUCACUGUGGCUGGGCUGGACACAGCCUGAGGGGAAUGGGAUGGGGGACAGGACCCACCCUGGACUCCCCCCGCAAAGCCGCUCAGCCUGUGCCUUGCCCUGACCGCCGCCUCUCACCCCUUGGGGAGGGCUGGUGCCUGGGAUUCUGAUGGACCCCAGAGACAUCUGCUGGAUCGGGGGAGUAAUCCUGGAGGGCUGGUGGGGAGGGUCACGGCGUCGGGCUGGACAGCUGACAAAGCGUGUCAACGGACUCAGUGAAGGGCUCGUGAAUGAAUGAAUGGGGUGGGUAGGCAGUGCAGGGUGGUCUCUCAGUGUCCAAGGGGGCCCAGCUUCCUCUCCCUCCUUGCCUGGCGCCCUCUUGUCCACCUUGAACCUCAGUGCUGGCUGAUCCGUCCACCUGCGGGUCUGUGCACCUGGGUGACUCAGCCCGGGGCCCAGCCUUGGGAGGGGACUGGACGGGAGGCAGGCUUUUGGGCUGCUCUUUGUGGGGCCGGUGACUUCAUCCCCAGUUUGCUCAUCCAUUCAGUGGGCUUCCAGAGACAAUGGGUGCGGAAGCCCCCUGAGGGGGACGGGAACUGGGGGCCUCAGUCCGGUCCUUGUCCCCUACCCUUGAGCCAGGCCCCAUCCCCCUUCCAGAGACAGCCAGAGCAUCAGCAGCGGCCCCCUCCCCAAAGAGCGCAGGGGCUGCUGGCCCUCCCCCAGCCCAGGGGAAGGAAGAAAGAAGUUACUGAGUUACCGGUUAGGACGAUGCUUGUCUUUGGGGCGGGGCUUCCACACUCCUCACCCUGUGGGGUAGGGGUGGCAGGCCGCCUCCAGGGAGGGUAGGUGGGGGUGGCCCUCUCAGUGCCCUCUUGGGGGAUGUGUGGCUCCAAAUUGUGGGUGCCCCUGCAGCCUGGCCCGGUACCCCCUCCCCCGCAGCCCACCCCUGCAGACCAUGCAUCCAUCCCCCUCGGCAGGUGCAUUUACUGGGGAGCAGCUGCAAGCCCCCUGUGACAGUAAGGGCCCUCCCACAGCCUGCUCCUCCCCUUCAUACCCCUCAGAGGUAUAAGAAGGGAACUGACAGCCAGACUCCGGGUCUCCAGAGAGGGGAAGGGCGGGGUGGGGGAAGGGGAGAAGGACAAACUCUGGGCCGGCAGGGUCUCCUCUCUCUGCUCCUCCGCCUGGCACACGCUGCCCAGCCAUGGGCACCUUCGACCUGUGGACGGACUACCUUGGUUUGGCACGCCUGGUGGGGGCUCUGCGUGGGAAAGAGGAGCCAGAGACCAGGGUGGACCCCCAGCCGGAACCGGUGCCAGGACCAGGGGGUCAGAGGCCCACCCCGGAAUCCUCAGCAGCUCCCGAGCGGCUGUGCUCCUUCUGCAAACACAACGGCGAGUCCCGUGCCAUCUACCAGUCGCAUGUGCUCAAGGACGAGGCGGGCCGGGUGCUGUGCCCCAUCCUUCGAGACUACGUGUGCCCCCAGUGCGGUGCCACCCGCGAGCACGCCCACACCCGCCGCUUCUGCCCGCUCACCGGCCAGGGCUACACCUCCGUCUACAGCUACACAACCCGCAACUCGGCCGGCAAGAGGCUGGCCCGGCCCGAGAAGGCGAGAGCGCAGGACUCAGGGCCACGCCGAGGAGCAGGAGCAGGAGCAGGAGCAGGAGGAGCCUGUGCAGGAAAGUCAGCCAGCGGAGAGGGGGUCGGAUGGGGCCCUGUCGCUGCCCCUGUGGGAACUGCCCCACCAUCAGACGGUUCCAAAGGUGCCGGCAAGUCUUCCGGAGCGUCGCCCUCUUCCUGCUGUCCCUCCACUUCCGCCUAGGAGCCGGCGUGCGCGGGGUGCGGAUGCUCCCUCCCUGCUGCCGGGGACUCAGGCUCGGUGGAGGCUGGAAUCCCCGGAGGAUGCACUCCGUGAGGACCCGCCCGGCCCCUCCGCCAGCCUGAGGGCCUGGGAGCGCGGCCCGGGGAGCCCCCGAAGGAGGGGGGUGGUCCUCAGGCCCCCCGCCCGCCCUCCCCAGCUCCGGGAGCCCAAUAAACGCUUAUGAGCGCAUCCGCGUCGCCAGGCCCGGUCUUUGGACGGGGUGGUGGGAACAGCUCGGGGGCCGGGGGCACCCCUCCUCUCCUGGCUGCAUCAGCCCCCGCGUGCUUCGACCCCCACUUUCCCCGCCCGCCCACUGGGUUUGGUUCACCCCGGGGAGCUACUCUGUGCUGAGCGAAGGGUCUGGGCCCCACCGGCGGCGCUGGGCUCCGAAGGGUCGCCCCAGCCCGGCGCCCUGAGCACGUCCCCGCGGGCUUGCCUGCGAGGCCCCCUCUGGGACGCUGGCAUCCGCCCCCUUCCCCACCCUUCGCAUAGAGACAGGUCCAGCGGGCAGAAUCCCCCGCACUGGGGGACUCGAGCAAGAAUUAGACCAAGCCAUCCAGGGUCCUCACUAGGUGGCCUCCAGGGAGUGUCAGGUCACCACGGAAGCGGGUACGGAGUCACAGGCCCCUCAGGGCAAGGGAAGGCCCCUUGGGGGGCGGGGCCGGGGCGAUGAAGGGGAAUAUGCCCCGGGGGCGAGCAGCCCAGGCCUUGGGCAGGGCGCUGGAGGCCAGCCGGGUCCGCGGGGGCCAGCGUGGGGGGAGACGGAGACCCACCCCCACCCAGGGACACCAUCGGCUCUCCUGGGGGCUGUCUCCUGCACCCCACCUUGUGCCCAUGGCCUCUAAGGGGCAGCAGGUGGCAGGCAGCCACCCCAGCCCCCAUGGCCUCUCCUGGGUUCAGGGCGGGUCCACUCUGCCCUUGGCUUUUCCAUGUGAACUGGGACCUGGGGCCACAUGGGAGCAGAGCUGGGGACAGGAGCCUCCUUAUGAAGACAGCCUGCCCCCCAGGCUUGGAGGGGAGUGGGGCAGGAGGGAACGUAGACAGGAGGGCUCCUUAGUGGCCCCAAGGGUCUUCGAACUGGGUUGGGGGACACAACACGCCAGCCCCUCCACUGCGUCUGCUAACUGUCUCAGCCUGAGCCGCUGGGGCGCAUCCUGGUGGGUUCAAAGACAGAGCUGCACCUCCAGCCAGGAGGGGGCUGACCCCGACCCGCCAUGCUUCCCACCUGAGUGGGGUCUCCCAGGGUGUAAGAAGGCAGUGGCGGCCUUGUUGGGCUGGGAGCCCGAGAGCUGAGCCACAGGCAGAGCGACCACUACAGCCGUGAGUCUGGUUUGGUCCUCCGUACGGUGGGUGACCCAUUUCACAGAAGUGUCAUUUUUUGUAAACUGGGUUGACAACAGCACCUGGGGCAGCUUGCGAUGACGUCAUCGGGCUGUGGCCAGGCCUGUGUGGGAUGAGGGUGCGAGCCGCCCUGACACCCUGCAGCCACCACCCCGGGCCUGCCUCAAGGGCGGGGGCCUCGGGGCAGCAGCUCUUCAGCUGGACCGGUGGCCCGACGUCUCAGUGGGCUCAGUGGGCUGCUGCUCCAGAUACCGGUGAGCGUGUUGCACGAGUGCAUACACACAUGUGUACAUGAGCAUGCCCGCACACAGCCACCUGCUCCUGGUGAAGCCAAC